AUGGCAUUUGGAUCAGGAGCGCUUGUUUUUGCUGUGGCCACACAGCUCUACGGCGAGUCGCUCUUCCGGCUGGCUGCCUCCACGUAUGGUCCGCGCCCAGGCUGCGGUCCGGCCUGCAAGGAGCGGUGCACUAACGUCGUGCUGCAGAUCAUCUGCGCUAUGAUUGGAGCUUGCCUUUACCUCGCCCUGAAUCGGUGGCUGGAGAACCUUGGCAAACCUGAGCAGCAGCAGCAAACGGCCGAGUGCGACACCCGAAGCCUGCGGAGCCUGGAGCUCGGUGUCGGCGCCGGCAUCGAGACGGUCCCAGAGACACGCCCGCUACCGCCCAUUGCUGCGUUGUCGUCGCUGCGGAGGGCCUCAACUUUACACGAAGACGACACCGGAGAGGUGACCACAAGCUCUGGCAAUGUGGCCUUGUCCAUGUGGUUGGGGAUGAUGCUUGACGGCAUUCCAGAGGCCCUUAUGCUGGGAUUCAUGACCAACGAGGGUGCUGUGACGUUCUCCUUCCUGGUAGCGAUCUUCAUCGCCAACUUCCCAGAAGCCUUUAGUGGUGCCAGCCUUCUGCUGGGGCAGCGCAUGAGCGUCUGGAGGAUUAUGGCGAUGUGGCUGAUUCUUUUUUCUCUGACUGGGCUGCUGGCAAUGAUCGGAUCACUCAUCAUGCCUGCCAACGUC